AUGAUUAUGUUUGGCCAAUACCCUCAAGGUGUUGGAAAAGAUAACUCAGCGCGUAUCAUUGAAGAUUGCGAUGUAAUUGACCUAAGUGGUGAAGAAGACCAGAAUAUCACCAAUGAAAGUAUUCCAUUAGGGGAUGUCAACCAAUUAGCAGAAGAAUUUAGAGGUAUUAGUGAUGGAAAGAGGAAGCGGACAUCGAUCAAUAAUAUUCUUAAACCACAGCGACUGGCCAAGAAACCCAUCAGGAGAUCAGCAUCCAAGAAAUCAUCAUCGGGGACUAAUAAGCCAUCAAUAUCUGAAAAUAUUGACGGCUAUGACUCGGUUCCUGAAACUUUGAAUACAUUGUCGGUAGAUGAUGCCGAAGAUCAUGAUAAUAAUUUUCAUAAUGAAGUAAUACCGCAAUUGAAAAGACCAAAACAUUCAUUACUUUCGAUUCUUAAUGGGCAAACAAAUAAAAAAGUUGUGGAGACUGAUAAUGAGGAGCCGCUUGGGAACAAUACUUUCAAUUCUGAUUCAGAAUGUACCAUAAAUGAUGACGAUAUUUCCUUUGUGGGUUCUGAGCGUGGGGAAUCGAAUUUGAAUUUUGAUUUGACGAACUCUACUCAAGAAAAGGAGACCGUGAUAAGUGUUAAUAAUGAAUUAAUAUCAAUAUCAUCUCAACCCGACUACGUUGAGGAAAUGCCAACCGACAAGAGAAUGAGAAUUUCAUUUAACGAAAGCCAUGAUAUGAUUUAUGAUUAUGGUUCGAGUGAUUGCGAUGGGUCUUUUUCUACUCGCAUGAUGAAACAAGAUGAUUCGAUGGUGGUGAAAUUCCAAUCUGAUAAAUUAAAGAAACCAGAAAAAAUAGGAAGGCUAGCCUCGUUGAACGGUUUUAUCAAAUCCAAAAAGAAUUCAAAUAAUAAAAGAGUCAAUAACAGUACCUCAAUGCGUCAAAAUUCCUUUUUGGUAGAAUUAUCAUUUCCAAAGUCUCCUUCGCAAACAAUACGUGUCGAAGAAGAAAAAGAAGAAGUAGAAGAAGAGGAGGAGGAGGAGAAAAAGAUAGAAAGCACUCCUAGAAAAUCAAAGAAACGUCAGACAAGGACCGAUCUUCGUCAGUUGUUAUCUGGUCAACCAAAGAAAUCAAAAAAAUCUCAGCCUGUAAUAGAAAUCCAUGAUGAUCCAAUACUAUUGGCUGACAAGUUGACGUUGAAAAUCCCCAAAGAAUUAGCAAUAUCCAUUAAAAAGAAAAUGGACGAUCAAGACUCGUCAUUUAAUAACCCAUUCUAUACAUCUGGAAGUAGUGGUGGUGGUGUCUCCAAGAUAUCCAAAACACUAGCGAACCCAAACAGUUUCUUUCAAGAGGUUUAUAACCGGGGCAAAGCUGCCGCAGAGGCCAAAAAGAUUCGUGAUAAACUAGGUACUGCGGUUAUCAAGAGGAAUCGAAAAGAGAAUUUUAUGGAGGUAAGGUGGAUGGAUAGAGACGAAUUCCACGUUAUUCCGGAAGAAGAAAAGCCAAAAAGUAUAGGAGACUUCUCAGAAAAGAGAAUAAUAAAGACAGGUGACGAGUAUCCAAUCGAUUACUCUCAGCUGUUCUUUGAUGAAUGUGUGAUACAAGAUGCGGUUGGGGAAAGUCAAUACACUAGCGGGACUAUUGUAUUACUGGAUGCAGAAAUAUCUGAGAUUGGUAGAGCUUCCAACCCGAAAUUUACAAGAUUUCAAGAUAGUUUAUUAGAUGAUGAGCAAAAGUUUUUCAAAGAAACUCAACUAUGGUGUGAAGUCACCAAGCCAACGCAAUAUCAACAUUGUUUGAUCAACCCUGAAUGCAGCGAAUCAAUUUAUUAUUGGUUGAAAGAUUCAUUCCAGCUAUUAGAGAAAAAUUAUCAAAUCAGUUGGAGACAAAAGUUUUUGAAAGAGUUAUUUGAUGGCAAACAGAAAAAGAAUGUCGUCAAUGACAAUUAUUUACUUGACGACUUUGUGGUGGCCGAUUCCGAGACUUUUGAAAAUACCGAUGAUGAUAUGGAAACCAGGUUCCCAAUUUUGUCAAAGAUCGACGAGCACACUCCAUAUAUUCCGUUGAUGAUUGUGACCGGGCCAGUGGGGUGCGGGAAAACUUCGUCUAUUUACGCGUCGGUGAAACAAUUACAUGGGUACGUUCAUGAGAUUAACACCAAUCAAGAACAUAGUAAAAAAGCAUUGCAGAAACUCUUGAAAGAGUUAUGUACUACAAAGACGGUGCACCAAGGAAAGCACCCAAGGAACGGUGGUGGUUUUUUCCAAGCCAAUAAUAAUAAUAAUAAUAAUAAUAGUAAUAAGUCCCGGUUUCAAAAUGGGAUAAUUUUGUUUGAAAAUGUUGAUGUAUUAUUCAAAUCACAAGAUCGGGGAUUUUGGGAACUAUUGAACUCGAUACUUUGCAUCACUCGUAAACCUAUUGUGAUGACGUGUGGAGAUCCACUGAUGAUCCCAUCGAAUCUUGUCAAGAUUGCUACCCAGCAGCAUAGUUAUCUUGAGGUGAGCUUGGCGGAUGGUAAUGAGUUACAAGAAUAUUUGAAGAUGGUGAGUUAUCUGCUUGGGUAUGUUGUUGAAGAUCAAAUCAUUGAAGAUUUGAUUAAAACCCAUCGCCGGGAUAUCAGAGAAUGUUUGAAUAAUUUGCAAUUUAUUUGCACCACCAGUGGGAGGCGUGUGCUGGGUGAUUGGCGAAGAAAAUCAGAGUUUGUGAGUGUCGAGUAUUCUAAAGAUUAUAUUGAUGAUCGGAAGAGAAUGAUGGUUGAUGAACAAAAGAAGUUACCGGCGGGAUUACGAGAAUUGAGUGAUACGUUAGAAAUGCUAUCGAUUUCCGAUGUGAUUAGUCGACAUUCGACCUCGAUGAUUGAUAAGUUACAGUUUGGAUAUCAUGAAGAAGAAGAAAAUAAUGAUGAUGAUGAUGAUGAAGAGGAAAACAAGAAGGGGCAAAUUGACGAUUAUUUGUAUGAUAAUAAUUUAAUGGACGAUGAGAUGUUAAUGGGGAAUCCAGACUGCCGGACCCAAUUUAUCAAACAAGAUUAUGGAUUCCCAACAACCCUUGAAUUCGAGUUGAACAUUGGGUUUGAAUUACGGAAACAUUACUUGUCGGCGUAUUACCAAACCUAUCGAAUUAAUUUGAAUAAAAAGGGGGAGAUUUCCUUUGAAGAGCCGCGGUCGAUUGAUGAAGAACUGAAUUUGUAUUAUAUGAAGAUGACAAAGUUGCAAAGUUUCAAUAAACGGGCGUAUUGGGGGAAUUUUGGGGAGUUUCUCAAGUUGAAACUAUAUCGUACCACCAAUAGAAUUACCAGAAGACGAUCGGUGAUGGCGCAAUAUUAUUAUUAUAAUGACCAACAAGUAUGCCAAAUCAUGUAUUCGUGCAAUUCGCCGCUGGCGAUACUUUUAGAACUUGGGCCAAUGCUACGGGUAUUGGCGCAUAUUAAUGUGUUUAUUUAUGAACGGAACCGAAUCCUUCAGGAGAAUUCGACGGCGUUGGAGUAUGAGAAUAUGAUUGGGUUGCGGAUUGUUAAGCCAUUGAUGUUUGAAUUGGAUCCUCAAAUGAACCAGCGAGUAUUGGGGACGUCGUGUUUGAAGGUGGAAGAUCAGUUGGAGUUGUUUAGAAAGAUGAUUGUAACUAAAUGA